GCUUGGGAGCCAGAGGCUCAGAGAAUUCUGACCGCGUCUUUGUCUAGCAGAAGCAACUGUGCUCAAGACAGAAACGAGCUCUCCUCCUGCAUUUCUCUCCUCGCUGCGAAUCACACAGUUAAACAACAUGUGCAAAGGACUUGCAGGUCUGCCGGCUUCCUGCCUGAGGAGUGCAAAGGAUAUGAAACAUCGGCUGGGGUUCCUGCUGCAGAAGUCUGACUCCUGUGAGCACAGCUCUUCACACAGCAAGAAGGACAAAGCAGUCACUUGCCAGAGGGUGAGCCAAGAAGAAGUCAAAAAAUGGGCUGAAUCAUUGGAAAACCUGAUUACCCAUGAAUGUGGACUGGCAGCUUUCAAAGCUUUCCUGAAAUCAGAAUACAGUGAAGAGAAUAUUGACUUCUGGAUCAGCUGUGAGGAGUACAAGAAAAUCAAGUCACCUUCGAAACUAAGCCCCAGGGCCAAGAAGAUCUACAAUGAGUUCAUCUCAGUGCAAGCAGCAAAAGAGGUGAACCUAGAUUCUUGCACCAGGGAGGAGACGAGCCGGAACAUGUUAGCGCCCACGAUCACCUGUUUUGACGAAGCCCAGAAGAAGAUUUUCAACCUGAUGGAAAAGGAUUCAUACCGUCGCUUCCUCAAGUCUCGAUUCUAUCUCGACUUGGCUAGUCCUUCCAGCUGCGGGGCAGAGAAGCAGAAAACACCCAAGAGUGCUUCAGACUGUGCCUCCUUGCUGCCUCAGUGUGCCUAAUUCUCACCAGAGGCAGAAAGUAGAAAUGCCAAGACUAUGCUCCAGAGAAUCUGAGGCCAAAUAUUGAUCCGUAUUAAGUACCAAUGCUUUCUCCACGUUGUAGCCUAGUGUCCAUGCUGCCUGCUGUGUGUGAGUCAUGUCCAUGUAAAACUAGACUUGGUUGUGGCUGUCGGGGUUUUCCUUGGCGUAUGACCCAACUCAUUUCAAAUUUCCCCAAGUUUCCUUAAGGGUAUCACGUGAGCGAGUCUCCAAAUAAUGUCCCUGGAUUUUCAAAGAUUGCUGGCAGGGCUCCCCUUCCAGCAGUUUGGUUGGUCCAUCUCCUUGACAACACACGCACAUGCAACAUCAGCCAGCAGCACUUCCUACAGACUCCCGAUGUGUAGGUGAGAUUGAUGUGUGUGUAUGUAUAUAUUAAAUAUAUCUAAUAUAUGCAUAUGCAUUUUGUAUAUAUUGUAUCUAUGUAUUCAAAUAUGUCUGUGAAUGUACAUUCACAUGUGCACACAUAUUUCUACAAGAUUAAAUGGGAAAGACCCUAGGUGCUCAAAUUGGAGUAUGCACGCAUGCUUACAUGCAUGUUCUGAUCUCUGGUCCUUUAUAUUGUGUUUGAACAGGGCAAACUAAAUUAACUGCCAUGCAGGCUAAGAAAGGAACACUAGCUUGUGGAAAGCAAGCUCUAUAGAACCAUCAGGUCUUGAUGCUAAGCACUGAUGACACACGGAGCACUAAGCUAAGGGGUGAACACUCUGAAAACUCUGGGGCUGACACAGAACUGCCUUGCACCAGUGGUCACGACUGGCACUUUUAGGUCCCUAUGUUGAUGGCUUCUCUCCUUUGCCUGGGUGCUCAGGGCAUGCGAUUUAGCUGCUGUAUUCUUCUGGAGUUGGGAGAUGGGAUAUUUGAGCCUAGUGAAGGAAAGUGGCCCAGGCCUAGCCGACUAGAGGACCUAAAGAUUGUCCUGCUUCUUUCCUCUCUUGAUAAGGUGCUCUUCUGUUCCCAUCCCCAAGAGCUUCAGCCGGCAGAUGAGUCUCUUAGUUCACUGUGGUGGGUGGUUCACUUUCAGAACCGUGGCCUGGCUCGAAGCUUCAAGCCUACAUUUGUAAAGCCUCGCCACGGGGAAGGCCUUGUUUUGUAAAAAGGAUGUAAGUUCUCACACACUGAAAAGCACUCCUUGCUUUUCUGCUUUGGGGUAAGAGUUCUUCCACCCUAUCUCAAACAUCAAGGGUAGCAGAGACUAAUGAAAGGAGAGAGGAAAGAAAAAAAAAAAGAAAGAGGGCAGGAUAUCAGUUGGUAGAACUACUGUUUGGAAUACUUGAAAAUUUCUCAUUUGUAUUAUUUAUGAUGUUGUUUUGUACGAUGUUUAUAUUACUGUAUUGUUUUAUAAGUGGAAGUACAGGUUAUUACCCGAAUUACUAAUGAAUGCCCAGGAAGUAAUUUUCUUCUCAUUCUUCUAAAACUACUGUCUUCGAGAGCACACCAUACUCAUGCGCACACUGUGCCCAUUGCUCUGGUCUCAGUCACAGGCACGGGCACAUAAGCCAAUGUACUGAGCUGCAGAAUGAAGACACUGGAGUAGUGUGUAUCCAAGUCUCAUUGUAUUGAAUAAGCUGGUUUUCUAACUGUUUCCUGUUGUCUCUUUGACAGUCUUGUUUGUCCCAAGAGCUCCUCAUCAAUGUUCCCCAUCCCCUUUCUGUUAUACACAGUUCCACGAUCUUGUUUGUACAACUUUCUGGUCUUGCCAUAAUGUUAUCAUAACUUCGAGAUUGUGCCUGUACUCACAGACUGCCGUCUCACAAAUAGGUCUGGAAAGUCAUUCUGAAUGAGAAGUAAAUUAUUUUCUGUAAUACAUUUUGAGUGUGUUUUCAGUUGUAUUUCCAUCGCUCUUUGAUAGGGUGAGCCUGCCUGCUGCUGGUCCACACAGAGACUACUUCUUCCGUAUGCAUGCCUGUUUCUAUCAUGUGCUUUAUUGGCCUUGAUGAUGAUGCUUUCGAUGAAACACACAUAACAAGAGUAAAUAAAUAC